CAAAGGAUGCCAGAGUGCUCAUAGGCAGUGCAUGGACGGAUGCAAGCAGAGGGACGACGGCGAGACUGGGCACGUUGUUAUUAUUGUUAUGUUGAUUAUGAUGCUUCACAGUUCAGGGUAGCCUUGAAACUUUGAAACAUAGGCAAUUACAGAGGGGAAGCAAGUUAGGCUAAGUGUGAUGUUUUGGCUGCAUGUUGUAAAAUCCAUCUUACCACCACCGAUACAUCCUCUCAGGAGUGAUGGGUUCUAAGUUGACCAGACAGAGAAGUCUCGAUUUUGAAACAAAAGUGUCCAAGAGAAGACACCAGAGGAAUGACUGCCCGGGAGAGAGCGAGAGAAGUGGCGGCAGAGACUUCUUGUUUACCUCCUUGAUGCUCAAGUCCGACAAGCUCCCGGGUAUGCUGCGGAAAACCAACCACAGCCCAUAUGUCAGACGGGUGGCUUGGAUCCGAGAAAUCCAGAGGCUUCUUCGGGAGCAGAAGAUGGAGCAAGCAGCCGAAGUGCUCAAACUGCUGAGAAAGGAUUUGGGACUCCAGGGAACGUCACUCAAUGACAUUUUGUAUAAGAACGCAGCUUUUCUCAACCUGGUGGACCCCAUAUCUCAUGAGCUGCUGCUCAGUCUCGCCCGGGACCUGCAGUGUCCAAAAAGGGAGACAGACUCGUUCAAGUCCACCAACAAGAUCUGCCGCCGGCUGAUUUACCACCUGACCCCUCACUCCAAGUGGACGAGACAGAGCGUGCCCAAGAGGAAGUCUCAGGCCUGCCUGAAGACCACCCUGAAGAAGAAACUGUCUGGUGACGUCGUCAACCUGUCAGGCAUCCCGCUGUCUGGCCGAGACAUCCACCGCGUGGCCUUCUACCUCCAGAGCAGCAGUGAUGCAGUGUCGGCUGUGGACCUGAGCUUCACCGAGCUGCAGGAUGAGAGCUUACGGCUGCUGUUGCCCUCCCUCAGCUGCCUGCCCAAACUGACCAUACUAGCCGUCAAUGGCAACCGUUUGACAAUGGCCAUCCUGAAAGACCUGACAGAUGCAGUGAAGGAUCCUAAAAAGUUCCCCAGUCUGGCAUGGGUCGACCUGGGCAACAAUGUGGAUGUCUUCACCGUGCCGCAGCCGCUGCUUGUGGCCCUGCGGCGCCGCUUUGGUUUGCGCAGUAGCCUCCCCACCAUUUAUGAGUACAGGGAAGCGCAGGAAUUUAGUGGCUACAACCCAAACAUGGAGACGUCUGUGGAGGAGCCCAGUCUGUACGAGGAGGGAGAUGGAGAGGAAGAUGAUAAAGAGGAGGAGGAGGACAGGCUGGAGCUUCAAGCCUGGGGCUUUGGAGAAGAAAACAUGUCAAAAAAUGUGCCACUGCACUGCUGUGGGAGGUGAUCGCCCUGAGCUGCUUUCUUUUAGACUGGCUGCCCUUACAUCCCUCAGUAUCACCUUGCCCUAAGUCUAGCCUCCUCUGUUAGCAGCUGUCAUUGUGGCAGAUGCUUACAGUGACCCAUGUGUUUCUUAAAAUAACUUUAAAAUAAGUAACCAUGUUGUGUGUCCCUCUGGAUGCUCCGUCUACUGAUACUCAGCAAUGUGAUGCAGGCAGCUCUGUGUCUGUACAGAGAGUUUAUUUAUGGAUUUACAGUAACUGAACAUGUUUGCUGUUUUCAAGUGCUUUAUGUUUCUAACGUUUUGUUCUCUCCCACCUUGAAGCUUCCCAUUAUUUGCCACUCCGCUGAAGCAGCUGGGGGUUAAGUGCCUUGCACAAGGGCACCUCAACAGUAGCAGUUGAGGAAGGGGGGGGCGUUACUAAUUCAUUUUCCCCGAGCACAUUACCCAGCUGGUCUCUCAGACAACUUCACACCUGCUGCCCCAUUUCUGUGAAAAGUCUGAAUAAGUAACAAAAUAUCCAGAAAUUCAGAAACUCAACUGCAGUGAGAUUAUAUUCACAUAAAAUAUGCUUCCAGUUUUUCUUUCUGUUGGGACACAGUAUUACGAUAAUUCAGGAAAUAUUUUGAAAUAAUUGUGACAGUAAGUAAUGAAGCACCCAUUUUAUUUUUUUUUUACUUUACUUACAGUAACCAGAAACUUCAGUAAGUGUUGAU